AAAAAUGCUUCCUAAAACGAUAAUUAGGCACAUCUCACAGUUUGCCGGAGUUCGGGACGCAGCAAAGUAUGUUCCAAGACGUGCACUUCUAUACGUUCCAGCCAGCAAUCAAAAAAUGCUGGAUAAAGUUCCAAUGAUGCAAGCGGAUUCAGUAGUUUUGGAGCUAGAAGAUGGCGUUGCUCUGACGGCUAAAGCUGAUGCUAGAGUUCGAGCUGCGGCGGCUCUUGAUAAACUGCCAUAUCACACAUUGGCAUGCCAGGAGCUUGGUCUACGUGUCAAUUCUGUAAGCAGUGGUCUUCUCGAAGAUGAUAUCAUUGCAGUAUCGAAAGCUGAAAAGUUGCCACAAGCAUUUAUGAUUCCGAAAGUAGACUGCCCUGAAGACCUUGUCACCAUCUACAACAUCUUCCGUGAACACUACGGAGAUGAACGGAUCACAAACACGAACACUCGGCUUGUUAUCUGGAUCGAAUCUGCACGAGCUCUUCUGGAUAUGCCACGAAUAGUCUCAUCAACUCUAAAUCUUCAUAAACAAGCCGGAUUCUUCAAGCUAGAUGCAGUUGUCUUUGGAUCAGACGAUUUCUGUGCAGAUAUCGGAGCUACACGAAGCUCUCACGGCACUGAAACCCUAUUCGCUCGACAGAAAUUUGUGACUUGCUGUAAAGCAUUCCAACUUCAAGCAAUCGACAGUGUCUACAUAGAUAUCAAGGAUCUUGACGGUCUCCGUCGUCAGUCUGCAGAAGGGUGGCAGUGGGGUUUCACUGGAAAACAAGUCAUUCAUCCAAGUCAAGUGUCUGUGGUCCAGGAGCAAUUUCUGCCUCCGAAGGAUCGAAUCGAAUGGGCUCAGGAGCUGGUCCACGCUUACAGUGAGCACGAGGCAUUAGGAAAAGGAGCUUUCCAGUUUAGAGGACAAAUGAUCGAUCGACCACUUCUGCUGCAGGCAUUGAAUAUUAUUCAGCUCGUGGAGAGAGUUCAGAAUUAAAUUCUAAAUUCUAAAUGUUGUAAAACUUUUUAUGUACAUUUUUAAAUAUAGCUCUAGUUGCCAGUGUAAUAUAAUAAAAACGAGUAAUUUU